CAACAAUUAAGAGCAAUGUCUCAAUGGCUCUACCGGGGCUCAAUCUGUCUGCCGCGACAGAGAUAGCGGCACCUGUUGUACACGAAAUACAAAAAGACUCGGAAUGGCGAUUCGAGGUUGCGUUCGGCAGCAAUGUCGAGGUCAAGCUCCUCUCUGGAACCGCUGAGAUUUUUGGCACCGAACUCGCGCCGAACCAGACAUAUACGUUUUCAGGCGCCAAAGCCGCCAUCUACACAUGGCAUGGAUGUCGCAUUCAAGUGAGCGGUACUUGCCAGGUUGAAUACACAGCAGAGGAGACGCCCAUGGUGAGCUAUGCCAAUGUGCAUUUUGCGCUGGAGAAGCUUCGCCGUCAGGCUGCCAUUGACGGGAGAGAAGGACCUCGUGUCAUGGUUGUCGGGCCCGACAAUGCGGGAAAGACGAGCUUGAUCAGGACAUUGACAGGAUACGCGGCCAAGACUGGAGGACAGCCACUGGUAGUCAAUAUGGAUUCAAGGGAAGGCAUGCUCGGCAUACCGGGCAGUCUCACGGCGGCAGCGUUUGGCACGCUGAUGGACGUUGAAGAGGGUUGGGGAAGUAGUCCGACAUCUGGACCAAGCCCUAUGCCCGUCAAGAUGCCCGUGGUCUACUUUUUUGGUCUUCCCAGUCCUGAGUCCAACAGCGCCAUGUACAAAUCUGUCACGACAAGAAUGGCCUUGGCCGUGACAGAGAGGUUCUCGCGGGAUGUGGCUUCAAAGGAGACGGGUUGUUUCAUCGACACUCCGGGUAUCCUCAGUCAGGGAAAGAAUAAUUAUGAUAUCCUGCAUCACAUUGCUACAGAGUUUUCAGUCAACGUGCUGCUUGUCCUCGGAUCUGAGCGGCUUCACAGCGAUAUGCUCCGACGAUUCGACGGCCAUCGUGCGAGCACCGACGAGCCCAUCUCUGUCAUCAAGCUUCUGAAAUCUGGCGGUGUUGUUGACCGUGAUGAGGCAUAUAUGCGACAUAUGCGCCAGACUCAGAUCCGGGAGUACUUUUUCGGUGACAAUAAGAGCACUCUCAGCCCGCAUACUCAGCAAGUAGACUUUAGUCAGGUGACAAUAUAUAAGAUUGUUGAGCCAUCAACAAUACUCACAUCCCUCCUUCCUGGCGGUGACGAGGACAAUGAUACCGAACCUUCCCGCGGCGGAUUCCAUGGACCUCCCAUUUUCGAAAAAGUCGAGCCUUCGCUGUCAAUGCAGUACAGCAUUCUCGCAGUCACCCACGUCGCACCAAAUAGCCCUCACGAAGACAUUCGUGAUUCGAGCCUGAUGGGAUUUGUCUAUGUUGCUGAAGUCGAUGAGCAGCGGAAAAAGCUGAGGAUCCUCGCUCCUGUCAGCGGAAGGAUACCCAACAAGGCUCUGGUUUGGGGGACUUGGCCUGAAGGAUUCGCAGAUCUGGUUGGGUGAAUCUGAUGGUUUGGCUUGAAAACUAUCUCUUUCAUGUAUGUUAGUUUAACAAAGCUAUUGCCUGGGCCGAAGGGGAACUCGACAAUACAUAGAAGCAUAGACGGGGCCCGUCGCUAUGUAUAGACUUCAACUAUACCAAAAUAUCUCAAAAUCUGACAAUCCCAUUUUAUUAUUUCUGGUGGUUCCGAAGGGGAAUGGAUAUCGUUGGAAAACUGUGGGAAAUAAGAUUACAAAGUAGCCACGAUCAAAUCCUAAUAAAUGGCAUGC